AUGGUAGACGGUGUGCUGACCGCUCUGCUCUUCCAGAGACAGGCCUCCGUGUCGCCUCGAUCUACAGCCAUCUUCUCCCCCUCGUCCGAUGCCUCUAGUCCUCUAAGAUCUAACCAGCGAUCUCCUCUCAUGCCUGUCACCAAUUCCCCCUCACACGACCCGUCUCAGGCGGCAGACCGUCCCCAUCCCGACGAGCAGCAGGGCAAAGGAAAGUCCAAAUCGCGCUCGAACACGCCCAGCAGCCUCAAUCUCACCAAUGGAGAUGGCAGACGGAGUUUGAGUGGCAGUCCUGCAAGUUUGAAAAAGACAUCCCCUCGCCCGGAGGAGGCGCGGGACCUGAGUCUUCAGACCAGCGAGGAACAGCUGCGGAGAGAUGACCUGGAGGACGAGGAGCCCGAGCCUCAGUCGGUCAUACAUGCUCCAGUCGGCUUCGAUGGAUUUACCGUGGAAUCACCGGCUCCAUCUACUACAUCAUCUACCCAGAGAUCAGACGUCACGAUCACUGUCCCCCGGAAUGAAUCAAGGAGAUCGGGAGCAAGCCCUAUUUCGCCCCCUCCGAUAACCACCUCCAUCGCACCAUCAGGAUACUACGAGCUAAACACACCGAGAGCACAAACGCUGCAGGAAAUAGAAAAUUUCAAAAGAACACCCCAUCAAUUGAAUCUAGACGACAUACCAGAAAGCUCAGAUACAGAGCAGAGCCAGGACGGACAUUACGAUGAUGGAGAGCACCCGAGAGGCGUCUGGUCCAAGACCAAGCCGACUCUUCCCGACAGCGAUAGGGAACUCAGUGCACUGCGAACUGCGUUGUCAGAAUGCUGGACCCUCUGCAACACCCUCGCCAGCCUAAGCUACAACCACCGAGAACGGCUGUUCAACUUCGGCGGCAAGGACGAUAUGCAAGAACAGGCGUGGAAGACAUGCUGGAAGCUGUGCCAGAACCUGUACGAGACCCGGGAUGACGACCAUUCUACCCAGGUCCGACCGACGCUGGACAUGUGUCGAGAUUUCUGCCAGGCGCUAUUCGAAGUACGGCUGAAGGAGAACGAGGUUGCCGAUUCGGUCCUGAGAGUGAGCUUCGAGCUGAACAACCAUCUGUACAACACGCACGAUCGGAAUCUCCCCGAAGCCUUUCGAGAGCGCACCCUAGACUUCUACAUCACCCUCUGUCACCGUCUGAUGAAGCAACGGACACGACUCACCGAGGAAACCGACUCCCUGCUACGGGCAUGCUGGUCUCUGGCCGAGAUGCUCUUCAGCCUACGGCAGGGUAAACGCGAAGGCAAGGCCCCCGACGACGAGCUCCUCGGCUCUGCCGUCCAGGCCUGCUGGGAGCUAUGCGACCUCUUCCGCGAGGGAUGGACUCAAGUCCGUCCUGACCGCGGCACCCCCCGUCCCAGCCAGACCACCUUCACCCAGGCAUUCUACCAGGCCAAACGCGCAGAGUACCCGGUAGAGGACACUGACACCGACAGCGACAGCCUGCUGGGCCUGCAGAACCCAGAGACUCCGACGACCAUCUUCGACGACACUGCCACGACGGUAUCGCCGGACCAGGCGCCUAUACCGAACAUCAUGGUGCUGGGCUACGAUAACCCGCCAAACAUGCACCCUCGCUGGUCCAGCAACUCGUCCACCCUGUCCGGGUACUCGCACACAUCGAGCCAGACAGCCUCUUCAACACACACGGUCAAAUCGCCCGGCGAAGACCAGAACCUCACGUUCCUGAAACUGCUCCUUGUCCGCGCAGCGAUGAACAGCGGCUUCCAGCGCGGCGGCUCCGAGACCCUACCCACCUUCGUGAAAACGCUCUCAUCAGAUUCCUUCGGCGCCCUACCUUGGCAGAUGUCAUUGCUGGUCAACUAUAAGAAACUUAUAACUGCUGACCCGGCGUUCAGGUCCGUCCCACCGCCGACCAGGGCGAGCGCAGUAGACGUCGCUAGCGCGGUGCAGGCCAUGGUCCAGUAUAACAGCCAGUACGAGUGGCUGUUGGAUCUGUACCGGCUGGUGUUUGGCUUCUACACCGACGACGCAGUCAAUACGAGCGGAAUGGUUAUUCAGUCGUGA